CUACAGAAAACAGAGACCGACUUGUUCUGCGUGCAUUGAUGCAUCCUGACCACAACAUUCAAAAUUUAGUGAAGAAUAUUGCGUGCAUACCCUGUCUCGGUACCAUCAUCCUGAAAUGUCCACGGGAACUGAUCCACCCGAAUGGUAGAGCAGCAAAACUUUACUUGCCCUCGGAGGGGAGAUUUCCUCAAAAGAGCAAAAGUCAAGGAAGAGAAACAGGAACCACAGUCAACUUCUCUUCUAGACAACACCUUGAAAGACUCGCGGAUCUUGGGAUGCUGACAGACAGACUGGAGAAUGAAAUGUUGAUAGAACGAGCGCAGUCUGUCGAAAAUCUUGCCCGUAAAAACUGGGACCAAGCCAUGAACAGAGCUCAGGCUUUGAUUGAAUACCUGUCAGUGGAAGACGACCCUUACCCGCCUGAAGUCAUAGACAUUGUGUCCAAUACCAAGUUUCUUCCAGUGAUGGUGAGGCCAGACGAUUGGCAGCUUCCAUGGAAAAGUGAUGGUGAGAACGAUCAACUCGAAUCCCCCCGUCUCCUUUUUUCACAUAAUUUGAAAGAUCUUGUUGCGUGCACAGCAAAAAUACUAGACUGUAGUGGCUUACAAAUGAACUUUCUGAAUUCAUCAGAGAAAGAGAGAGCAUUAAACAAGAUGGGAUUAAGAAGCAAAGCGGACAUCAAUGACUCAACUUUGUUUCAAAUGGUCGCUGAGCAGCUGUUCACCAUUGUACACGAGUUCAAUACUAACCCUCACCUAAACAAAGAUCUUGUACAAAACAUUUGCACUUCUAUUUACAAACAUCUCAACGACUGUCUUCAGUCUAAGUCCGAAACUGAACAGCUCAUAGAAAGACAAUUUUCUGGAAAAAGAAUCAUUUGGGUCGAAAGUGGGUUUGAGUUUCCAUUCAGAGUUGCCUUUUCCAGCAAAUACAACUGUAAACCAUAUUUAUUUGAGCUUGGCAGUGAUCUGAGAAAACUCAGGCUAUUUUUCGAAAUCAUAGGGGUGAAAGAUAACUUUGAUGUUGAAGACAUACUGAAUGCUUUCAAAGAGCUGUACACACAGUUCGGCAGAAGGCAGCUACAUGGUGACACAGUCGAGCUUCUAUCGCGCCUCGCACAGCUUCUCUGGCAUGUUCUUGUUGAGAAAGAAAAAAGUUGUCUGGAGGCAACUAGCGACCUCUACCUACCUGAUCGACACAGGUACCUGCAGCCAGUUGCCUCGCUGUGUCUGGAUGACUGCGACUGGCUCCGAGAGUCGGAUUCCAUGAAGUUUGUUCACGACAGUAUCUCUCCUGCAGUUGCCAAGAUGUUGGGGGUGAGUUCAAAGAGAGAGAGCGACUUUAACCACAUGUGUGGCAUCAUUCCGUUCGGCCAGCGAGAGCUACUGACGAACAGGAUCAAACGAUUGUUAGAAGCCUACACCUUUGAUAAUUCCAUAUUUAAAGAGCUCAUUCAAAAUGCUGAUGAUGCAGGUGCCACAGAAAUAAAAUUCAUCAAAGACUUUCGACAUCAUAAAAUUGAUAAAGUUAUGUCUGGUUGGGACAACCUUCAAGGUCCAGCCCUCUGCAUUUACAACAACAAGUCCUUUACAGCAGCAGAUAUGGAAGGGAUAAAAAACAUAGGUUUGGGAAGCAAGGAACAAGAUACAUUGAAGACUGGAAGGUAUGGCGUGGGUUUCAAUGUUGUUUAUCACAUCACUGAUGUCCCUUCAUUCUGGACACGCCAAGACGACAAGGAAGAUGUCAUCUGUGUGUUUGACCCAGCCUGUCAGUAUCUGGCAAACAUCUCCCCCCAAAACCCCGGGGUGCAGAUUAGAGACAUCAGUCGCUUGAAACAAAACUACCCCGAUAUGUUUGCUUGUUACCUUGACAACUGCAUCGACAUGACAAGUCCAGGUACCUUAUUCAGGUUGCCGCUACGUACAUCCGCCAUGGCCGAGCUGUCAAAAAUAAAACAGACGCCCCUGGAAGAAGUUCAAAUGAAUGAGAUGCUUGAAAAAUUUCAAGAAGAAAUAGUUAAGUGUCUUUUGUUUCUUAAUAAUGUAAGAACAAUCGGUAUCUAUACGGUUGAUAGGCAUGGAUCACUGAAGGCAGAUUACGAAGUAUCUGUAAAAAUGACCGAGAGCGAUCGUCAAGAGAUGGAAAAUGUACAACAGGCACCUUUCACAGCUGACAGAAAUUUUCCGACUAAGACAAACAGACUUGGUCAACCUGCAACCUGCUGAGGUAUGUCUUCAAAAGACGUUGACACAUUCCAACCGUCUCACCGAAGAUUGGCUUGUCGUCUGCAGAGUCGGCUUCUCGGACUCAAGCAAACUUUGCCCUGAAGUCCAACAUUUGUGGGAAGAGAAAGGAUUCUAUCUUCCACGUGGAGGCGUGGCUGUCAGAUUGCCUUCAGGAGCUGGUAGUUUUUUGUCCCGUGCAACGAAUGAGCGAGAAGAGCAUUUGGCGUUUUGUUGUUUACCUCUACCUGUGAGAACAAACCUCCCAGUUCAUGUCAAUGGAGAGUUUAUUCUGGAUCACGAGACACGCAGGAGUAUCUGGGACAGUGAAGACGACGGGAAAGACAAAAUGGAACAAGGCCAUAGCUUCGCAGGUGAUAGUCCCUGCCUAUGUGAAAUGAUCCUGAUGGUCAAAGACAUCCUUUUUCAGAAAGAAGUCUCCGGUACAGGUCCUCUGGAAACAAGACUUACAUUUUAUGAAUCCCUGUUUCCACAGCUUGCGUCAGCCCCUUCAGAUUUCUGGAAGUACCUGAUAAAAAGCGUGUAUCAGCAGCUGGGUCGACCAGAGCUGGACAUCUUGCCUGUGACAGACGCCGGCCGAGCGACCACGACAUGGGUACCUGUGGUGAAAAACUGUGGUUUUCCAGGAUACUUCAGCAACCUCGAAACUUACUUCGAGAACUCUCGCGAAAUACGAAAGUCAUCGAGCCAAGUUCUCUCUAAUCAAUUGUCUGAAGAGUCACCAUUCAUAGAGGCUAAAAAGCUGACUGAACUGUUGGUUUCACUGAAUAUGAAAGUAAUUUCUACAUCAUUCCGUCUUUAUGAAGACUUUACCACUAGUGGUGUGGCUGCUAGAAUGGUGACACCAGAUUCGGUCACUCAGUUCUUGAGAUCUUCUGGCAAUGGCAGUUCUGAUGACUGCAAUAGAAGGACUACCUUGCCCAUUGGCUCUACAUCCCUAAAAUCUGUGGAUAGUGUAAAGAGGCUGAUCAGCUUUAUCGCGGAAUCCACAAACUUUAAGAGGGAUUUGAAAGGGCUUCCUCUUUGUCUUCGCAGGUCUCAAACUCUGCAUUUCUUCCAAGAAACACCACAAGAAAUAAGACCAAUACUUUCUCGCUAUGGACGCCUGUUCCCUCUGUAUAGUGAAUGCUUUGUCCACGAAGCUGUCUCUAGACAUAUUAUGUUUCUUAAGGCACCUCGCCAACAAGUGACGAGACAACUCGAUAUUCACACAUUUGCUGACAUGCUUCCAGGAACACUGCGGGAAGACCAUUACAAGACCGGACAUCCCUGCCUUCUAGAUGAGUCCAAACCUAUGCCAGCUACGGAUUGGAUAAAGGAGGCCUGGAAAUUUUUCCAGGAUCUGGUUAAAAAGUCUGACAAAGACUGUGUUGCAGAAGGAGCCGUAUACUUGAAUGUCUCAGUGAGUGGAGUUUGAUUCCUGUGAAAUGGAGAUCGACUGCUUCAAUCAAUCUAAAGUUAUCUCAAAUUUCCUUGUAUCCUAUGAAAGACAUGCCUCUUGUCCUGUAUUUGACAGAUAAAGUAGACACGAAUAAUGCUUGUCUGUGGGAAAUUCUGAAACUCCUUCCUCUCGCUCACUUGGACCUUUCGCGUUUGCCCGACGAGACAUUCGCAUUAAAGCUAGCUGCCUCCAUCUCUAACCCUCUGGCUCUCAUUCAAGCUUUAAAUUCUCUCAAACACAUCCCAGAGCUGAGUUCAAACCAGGCACUAAAGGUCAUCAGCUACUUCAGCAAUAAUCUGCGUGUAUUAAAAUCAUCUUGUGGUGAUGAGGUGAAGAUGAAGCAAUAUCUCAGGCAACUUCCACUGUUUCCAUCUGUUGAUUGGAAGCCUUAUUCUAUUCAUGAAAGAACUUUAGUGAUUUGUAUAGAAAGGAGUAUUCCAAUUGAUGGGCUUGUUGCAUGGUCAAAGGAGCUUGAUUAUUUUCUCAUGUUUACAGGAAACGUAUCUAACGAACUCGCCAAGUAUUUAAACUUUACAGAAGUUUCAUGUCAAGACUUCUACACAAAGCACUUGUUGCCUACAUUGCAGUUUCUUCCUCGUACAUCAAUAGUAACUCAUAUUAAAUUUCUGAAAGAUAAUCUUCAAAGAGACAAACCUGAACUUAGCCUGAUUUCUCAGCUUCAGAAAACCGCAUUCAUAGAAGAUACCGAUGGUCAUUUGAAAGAGGCAAAUAAAUUCUACAGUCCUCAUGUGCCGUGUUCAAGUUAAUGCUUUCGCCAGAUUCUUUUCCCCCAAAGCCAUACUCUGAAAUAGCAUGGAAGACGUUCAUGAAAAAGCUGGUAUCAUAGCUGAGGUUACUGUUGACAUGAUCAGUAAUUUUGCCAGACGAAUAGCAGAAGAUGGACGAAAUGGCAUAACAGAGAAGGUUGAGAAAGCCUCCUUGGCAUUGGUAGACUGCUUGUUCAACACAAAGGACUUACCAAAAGAUGUGUUUUCUCUAGUGAAGGACAUUCCCUUUGUGAUGCCAUCAAGAUGGAGGCGUGAAGAAGCAAACGAAGGCCUGGCCAAAAUAACACCUGCCUUCUGUACUGAGCGCCUGGUCUCCUUUAGUGAGAGCUGCCGGGAAUCUCAUCUCUACCUCGUCUGGAGCAGCAGCGCCAUUCUGAAUUCAGACGCUGACCCCUACAUUUUAGCUGAUGUCAAAGACAGGGAACAGAUAGGACCUCAGCUUGGCCUUGAAGCACGUGCACCAGCUUGUAAAGUCAUCCAGCAUGUGGAGAAUGUCAGUCGUGCCUUGACUGGUCAGCGCUCAGAACAAGUUCUUCAGACACUGGGGCCAAACAUCGGUCUGGUGAAAAAGGUCAUGGACGAGUUGUACACAUAUUUUGCUGACUGCACAGAAGACCUUCAAGCCUUGAAAUCAUUGCCAGUCAUUUACCACAUCAAAGCAAACCAAAUGCUACUCCCAGAGAACGUGGUCAUUGAGAUGAACAACAACGAUGAAAUUGAAGGCUUGCUGAUGAAAGCUCCUACGAGUUCGGACACUUCUUUGAGCUCUUCAAAGACUUGGCGUUGCUGAACACGUGACAGCUGAUCACUAUGCCAGGGUCUUGCAAAGAAUAAAAGCCGACACAACAGAGAAGCCGUUACACGUGGAAGAAAUGAAAAAAGUGAAGCAGGCUAUAGAAGGACUUUUCUCGUGUGUAACUUCAAAAUCUUCGAACAAAAGCCACCUUUCAGUUAAAGAAGUCUAUUUUCCUUCUGAAGAGGAAGUGCUCAAAAAGUCAUCAGAACUAACCUUUGUCGACAACAUUGCAUUACGGGAUCGCCUGAAGUCACUACCAUCCCAACAAUCAUUUUUCAUUGGUUUUCAGAGGUUAAGGACGAACCCUUUCCCUCCUCAAAGUAUCAGACACUUUGCAGUCGAAUGCGGCAUGACAUUGCUGACAUCAGUUGUGAAGGAAAUAGUGCCACAGCACUUGACAAACCAGGCGUUCGAGUCACAGAUGUCAACAAAUCUGGCUGACAAAGUCACUCAUCCCUUAGUCAUUGAAGCUGUGGUGCGCGCCAUGUAUAACUUGCAUGAACAAUGUGGGAUCCCAUUUCCGGAGAACCCUACAGAGACGAUAGGUGAGCAGCUUUCACGCCUUGCAGUUCGGGAGGUACGAGGACUAGAGACUAUCCUUACUGUCAAUGGUAAGAUUAUUCCGCAAAGUGAAAUAAAGGUCCCGUCUUUUGUUCAUAAACAAGAAGACAGCCCCAAGGCAUGCAUUGUUUACAUUGAAGCAGAUGCCGACGAAACCCACAGAAAGGACUUUCUUAAUGAUCUGGCGGCUGCAAUGGGGUUUGUGCUGGAUUUUGAAACAAUGUGGCUUGAACACAUCGUCGACAGUCCUGAGCGAGCAAUGAAAUGUAUGGACAAAAAAUGGCUUUAUGCUGUUUAAUGAUGUGAGGCCUUGUCAGAGUUUUGUCAUUCCCUCAGCAGGCACUUAUAUACCAGUGUCCUGCCAUUGCUACCUGGACAACAGCUUUUAUCGUUUCAAAGAUGGAGAGCAUGUUGGAUUUGAGGUUUACGACCCCUGUGUGGAGGUAGAUGACCCUGAGGAAACAACACCUACCUACAUCUUUGGAGUCAUUAGGCAUGAAGCUAGUGGUGGUGGACAAGAAGAAUCAAACCUACUGACAAAGAAAUAUCUUGUCGACCUCGGCUCAGAAAGAGGCCUUUCCGAGAUUUCUGCAACUCGGCUUUAUAAAUUUAUUCGCAAAGUAAACAUACAUGGAGUCCAGGAUGUAGCUGUGCACAGUUCAUCAGGCACUAAGCUUGAGACACCAGAACCUCUCAGGAGCCUUGCCACCUCGUGACCUGAAGGUUGUGCUAAAGGAGACACGACGUCUGCUUGUGGAAGCUCUUCAACUUCCGGAAUCCGAACGCAAGCGCGUGCAUAAACGAUUAAUCUUAAAAUGGCACCCGGAUAAGAAUCCGGGUAACGAGCAUUCUGUACCAAGGUAAUGCAGGCUCUUAACAGCUACCUGGACCGUUUGAGGCAGGGCAAAGCGUUGAAUGUUGACGAGGAAGAUGACAGCAAACAAAGACCUCCCUCCAGUCAGCCUACACGCUCACCUUUCUUUGAGCACAUGAACAGGAGAGCGAAGAGCCACAAGGCGCACUAUGAGCAGCAGUCUGAGCGUCCUAAGGAUGACGAGGAUGACGAGGAUGACAAGGACAGACCUGGCAGUCGGCCUUUCUUUCAGUACACUUACAAAGAGAAGCCAGGUCGUCGUCAGCUCCCAAUCCCCAGCCAGGAGAAGGACGGCGCUGGUUCAGACAAGCCGAGGAAGACCUGAAGUCCGCCAGAGCAGCUAAAGGGACCUACGAACGUGGCUACAACUGGGUCUGCUUUCAGUGUCACCAGGCAGUAGAAAAAGCUCUCAAGGCUGUUCUGUACUGUCGGGAUGCGAACAACAACUUGCUCAACUCUCACGAUAUUGUCUCCCUUGCCCGCCAUGCCAAUGACGAUGACGUCAGGGAACUUGCCAGUGCGCUGGAUAGACGGGUGGGCCCUCACACCCGAAUGCGCUACCCGGAUGUCUUGCUGAGCCCCAGUAUUCCCGCUGAUGUCUAUGGCGACCAGGAGGCCAGCGACGCCUGUGACCUGGCGACCCGCGUUCUGAACAAAACCAAAACACUGCUGUAGGGAGUAGUGCUCAGCCGCUGCUCAUUGUAAUUAUGCUAAUUGAAAAAGAAAACUUUCUUCGCAUAAUAUGCUGUAAACACUUAGCUAUGACUACGAAUACGAACUAAUUAAAUAUUAAUUAAAUAAUAUUGCCAAUAUUUUCAAGAAACAAUUUGUAGCCCAGUGUUAGUGUGUGAGAUGACAGAGCCUUGCUCCACGCUUCACAUCCAUGUCCUGCUCCUUGUGAAACAUUUUAUUGCUCACCUGUGAAAGGUGGUUAAUCGCCUUCAUUAUGAAUCUUUAUGCACACUUGUUUUACUGCUGAGAGAUUAUACAAUUAUUUCAUAUAUGUGAUGACAUUAUCCAUGUCAUGUAGCCAGAAUUCUUGUUCGGGAUGUUUUUCAAGAUUAACAAUAUCUUCAUGCCUCUGUAGAUACAAUUGUUUGCUUUAAAAUUAAUUAUUUAAUAUUUUGUCUUUAUAAUUUUAUGUACGUGUAAUCUUUUAUCUUUGAAUUUGUUGAACUAUAGAAUCUUUCCACUGUUUUCUUCUUAGCAGCUGACUUUCAAAUGUACUUCAUCGUUUAAUAUUUCCCUUUAUGUUAUAUAAUUCAUAAUUGCAUGAUGUUUUGCCUUCAACUGUGUUCAGUAAAUAAUUCGCUCUUAUAUGAUUCUCGUUUUAUUAUAUCAUUCCUCACAUGUUGCUGUGACUCCAUUCUACAAUAUUUUUACGCAGGUAUGUAUUUGAUAAUGUGCUGUUGUGAUAUAUUUUGUUCAUUGUGCAUAAUUAUUUGAGCGAAGCAUACGGUUUAUCUGAAAAUACUUUUGUUGAAACCAGGACAGACAGACAUUUGUCUUUCUGUCUUUGAUGGCGUCCAAACCGUUACUGGAUGUCAGGUGUGUUUAAACGUGUGGUACAUUCCUACAGACCCAGCUUCAAAAGGGUUUAUUAAUUCAUUCUUUUGUUACUUUACCUGCUUCAUAAUGCUAUUAAUCAGAUUGUGUAAAUGAACAGAAUAUAUACUACCUUUUAACAUUACCAAUAGUGUGCAGACAGUAAUUUAUAUCUUUUAGAAAUAAAGAGCAUUACGUUUUGCGACAUUUUUCAGAAACUCAGAUCAUAAGUAAUACACCAAUUAUCUUGUAAAAAUCAAUCUUAUGAUAAUUCUUAGCAAAUUAUUGAUUAAUCAGUGUGAGUGUAAAGUGCUGAAGUUUAUUUUCAUAUCACUUCAAAUUUGAUUAUUUUUUAUUUUUAUUAAUACUUACAUAAUGAUAUGUACGUAUUAAGACACUGGAAAUCGUUUCAAGUUUAGAAUGUACGGAAAUUAUUACCUACUGGAUACCUUUGCUAAGAUCAUUUUUUUUUACUUUUCAUUCGUCAAUACUAAUAAUAUAUGUCAAACUUUGUGUAUAACACUUCUCAUGUCUUAACCUUAACCCGUCUUCUGUGCUUCUUUUCAUUUUCUUUCCUUCUGACAUGAUCCUUUCUUUUCUUAAAUUGAUUUCAGUAAACGUUUAAUUGUUGGAAGAUUUCGCUUGCGUGUUGUUGCUGUAACACAAGGCCUAAGAAGUCGAGAGUGUGAGCAAGUGAGAGAGAAAGAUAUAAAGUGUGUGUGUAAGACAGAAAGAGUGAGGACCUACCUACCAACUGUUCAAUCAAUGUAAAUUCUUUUUUAAUCCCAGUUCUUUCAUUAAUUAAAAUGAAAACAGCAUGACAAAGAGGCUCUAAUAUAUGGCUGGCUGUCCGUCCGUUGAUGUAAUCCAGUCCACAGCUGUAUAUAAAACAAUGUGACUUGUCACGUGCCUGUCACGAUGGUUACAAGGAGGUUGUCACGGAGCUGUGUGCCUGUUAAAAAAAAAAAAAAGCGGCUGCGGGAGGGGCUGGAGGGGAAAGGCUAGGAGAAUAAUGGCGAGCGCUGGGGCGCGGGAAGGCGGCAUAUGCUCUGGCAACACAAGCUGCACUCACUGGCUCAAGUGCUGGCCUCCUGGUCAACUACUUUCUUGACAAUUUCCACUCUCCUCUCAUCUGCUUCACCGCAAUCCCCUCCCAUUCUCCCCCUCCCUGGUGAAUCUCACACUUCCUCAGCAUUUACAUCUAGGUUGUCCUCACUCCCCCUUGCACCACACUGAAGAGAGCUCUGGGUUCAUAUCUCGUCUCAGGCACGCAGUUCUUUUUCUACAUAUGACGUCUUCUGCAGGACAGGCUGCUUUGCCGUGAUAAAGCCUUAGUUUCUGACGGUGUAAAAAAAAACAG